CUUUUCGCUUGUGCGAACGCUGGGACCGGUUGCGUCGCUGACUGUUGACACCCCUCUCCCAUGGAUUUGCGUGACGAGGCUGGAGGGGUGGCGGGAGAAGUCCAGUGGCUGGGCCUAGACGUCGAGUGAGGCAUGCAGAUGCAGAUGCGCGGUGCUUGCCGUCUGAGGAUUGCGAGGAAUGCUCGUUGACCUCAGCCGCCCGAUGAUGAGUGUCUGAGCAGGCGUGGCAGGCCAGAUCUUAGAUGAAAGGUUCUGGAGUAUUCGUCGAGUUGACUCAAACGGAGACGCUUGCAGUUAACUUGGACUGAGGUCUUCCAACCUCGCGUUUUGAUGAACGGUGGGUUUAUGUCCGGCUGCAGUUUAUGACAGGGGUGACUGGGGGAAGGACGCACAGCGUCUGUCGGGCCUGCAGAGCCACCCAUAGUCCGCCAUUUGGGGCCGCCUUUUACUGCUGAUCUCCCUCAGUCCCUGAAUCCAUACCAAGGCUUCUGCUGAAUAGACUUAAUUCCCUUCUUUGGAUCCAGUCGUUCGCUUCCGGCUUCAUCAUCCCAACGCUCGCUGAGACCCCCCUCCAACAAAGUUCCUUUUUUAAAACGACACACCUUCGCUGUUUUCUGUCUGUCGCUAUCACUCGUUACUGUCCCGCAUCCCUCACCAGCAUAUAUAUCAGUCCACCUGCUCAUCAGUUCCCGUUCUGUCUAGCCAACCUGCACCCGUCUGCAACUUGACCGUUUGAACGUCCGCCAUCUCGAAAGCCUACCCUUACCACUCACUGGGAACCGGCGCCAUCCAAAGAGCAACGGCAAAACAAGGAGCUCGUGGGGAAAGAAAGCAAAGCCAUCGGUCCCAACAGGACCGACGACGACUUCAUCAUUGUGGCAUAAUGGCGGCCCUCACCACCUCUUCUUCGCCGCGAGCGGCUCCAUCAACUUCGACCAGCAGCCCCAGUCGCCGGAAGCCCGUUCCAGUGCACAGUGUGUCGCCGGCUGACCGGUACGACUGGGGAGAGAAUGCAAAGCCGUUGCCUGGCGUCCCCGCUGUGUCCGAGUCGCCGAGGUUACGUCAAUCGCCUGUGUCGCCUGUCAAAGUCAAUUUCCAACCCAACGACUGGGCCCAGCCCUCGACAGGCAACAUCGAGACACAUCUUUCCGCAGGCGGACCCGCCGGUGGUGCUUCCACUGCUCCAGCUGUCUCCGCCCGCCUCGACCGUGCUUUGCCCAAAACACCCGACGCUCCAACCCCCCCACCGCAUACCCCAGUGCACGAGCACGGCCUCCAGCAAAGCUCGACUCCCGGUGCGCUGGGUCUCCGAAACAGAACAAAUGGCACCAAAAUGCCGAUGUCUCUACCGGCUUCCGGUCCAGCUAUCUCUAGCCAGGCAAGCAACAGCCAUAUUUUGGGCGCCGACUUUGACGAACUAAGUUUGAGCGAUACUUCGAGGAGGCAAGGCAUGAAUCGGAACAGUCGGGAGUCGAACACGACUGCCAGUACAUCCCAGCAGCCAAACUCGGCUGACAUCUCGGCGACGACGAGCGCAAGUUCAGUAUCUGGUGUCCUCGACCCGUCAGACUGCCAGGACAACUCGGCAGAUGCGUCAACUGUGAGUUCCAUCAUUGACGAUGCCGCCACUCCGCCAGAACCUGUGCCACAGCUGCACUAUCACCAUUCGGCCUUUCUCCCACGACCGACGAGUAUGAACGUUGAGCAAGAUCCAAGAGCGCAGUCGAACCCAAAUCUUGCCGAGACCGGCGCCGCCAUCAACCGCCACUUGACGCCGACGACGAAUGGCUACAGAAGGAGCUCGUUGCCUCGGCCGCAGUCUUCGUAUUCUGUGUACUCUGACUAUGGAGCGCGAGGGCGGUCUCCGGGCUUGCUGGGAAGUGGAAAUCGGGCACCGUCUGCUCAUUCUACGAGGAAAUCUCCAGAAACGAGGCCUUCCUCCUUUGCCGAACUGCUCAAUGUGCCGUAUCCUCAACCUGCGCCAGCGCCCAUCACAUUUGACAAUUCGCAGUUGCGCUCUGCAGUCGGAAACAAUGCGUCUCUCCUCAGCGCCCAAAAGACACUGGAGAUGUACCGGCAAAAUGUCAAGAAGACAAACGACUAUUCCAUUCUCUAUUCGUUUGCUGUUUUCUUGAUCGCAACUGCGCAAGAAGAAGGCAUUGACUUCGAGGACAUGAAACGGACCAAGAGUCCAAAAGUCGGCACACCUGAUGGGCAGCCUUCACCUUCCUCACCACACGACUUGAUUCGUGAAGCGCGAGCAAUUCUCCAGAAGCUGUCCAACAACGGCUACCCCUUCGCACAGUACUACCUGGCCGAUGGUUACGCGUCGGGUCUGUUCAGCAAGGGGAAGGAGGACUACAAUUCGGCAUUUCCGCUGUUUGUACUCGCUGCCAAGCACGGCCACGCAGAAUCGGCGUACCGCACCGCCUUGUGUUACGAGUUUGGCUGGGGCUGCCGCAAGGACCCCGCAAAGGCUGUCCAAUUUCUCCGCACAGCUGCUUCCAAGAGGCAUCCAGGCGCCAUGACGAGGUUGGGCAAAGCGUGCUUGUCGGGCGAUCUGGGAGAGAAGCGGUACAGGGAAGGCAUCAAGUGGUUGAAGCUGGCGGCUGAGGCUGCUGACAACAUCUACAAUGCCGCCCCGUACCACCUCGGCUGCCUCUACGAGACUGGAUACGGAGACGACAUCUUCUUGGACGAAAGUUAUGCGGCUGAGCUUUUCACGCAGGCGGCGGACUUGGGGCAUCCCGAAGCGAACUUCAGGAUGGGAGACGCUUAUGAGCAUGGAAAGCUCGGCUGUCCUAGGGAUCCAGCUUUGAGCGUACAUUUUUACACGGGUGCCGCGGAAAGGGGGCACGCGGCUGCCAUGAUGGGUCUCUGUGCUUGGUAUAUGGUUGGAGCAGAGCCAGUCCUGGAAAAGGAUGAGGAAGAAGCUUAUGAGUGGGCGAGGAGGUCGGCAGAGCUUGGCUAUGUAAAAGCGCAGUAUGCUGUUGGCUAUUUCACUGAAAUGGGCAUCGGGUGCAGACGAGAUAUCCUCGAAGCAAACGUUUGGUAUGUCAAGGCGGCCGAUGCGGGCGAUGAGCGCGCAAAGGUGCGCCUGGCCGCCAUUCGUGCGGCGGUCUCUGGUGGCACUCCGAUGGAAGUUGGUCCUCCUCGGAAUGGUAAGAUUAAGAAGCACGCGGAUAACGAUAAGGAGUGUAUCGUAAUGUGAGAAAGGCUCGAGGUCGAGAGAGAAAAGUACAAAUGUAUGAUGACGGGGACAUACGCACCAAACACACACACACACACACACACAAAGGAGUUGGACUUUUUUAAUUUCUUUGCACACAACACACACUCCACACGGAUAAAGAGGGACGUCAACGAAUGGUAUGAGAGAGGGCGAAAUACAUAUUUUGUUGGCUUAGUUGGUUUGGAAGAGGGUGGGGGAGAAGAAGACGUUGUUAAUGAACUUAAUACGUGUGUGUGGGAAAUUGAACACCACCACACGGGCUUUUUUUUGUUUUGAUCUAUGGCAGGGCUUUUUGUUGUGAAAAAAGGGGCGGGAGGGAGACAAAAGGGGGUGGGUGCUUCUUGUAGCACGAUUUUGUUGUUUUUGGGUUUCGUAUUUUUGAACGCAUGGGGGGAGGGAGAGGGGAGUGUGUGGUUUAAUAUUUUCUGUCUCUUUUUGUUGCACAUUGGGGGGAGGGGGGGGUUGAUCAUUGUGUUUUGCUUCGAUUUUUUUUCCCUUCUUGUCUCGUUUUGAAAGUUGUCUUCAUCGAAAGCGCGGUUUUGGAUACCCACGUCUCUCUCUCUCUCUCUCUCUGUCUCUACGAUGGUACAAUGCAUUGCGCAAGUUUACAUAUUUCCGAUUUGCAUAUAUAUAUCACUCACCCUCUCUUGUUCUUACAUGAGACACAAAGAAAAGACAUUUGAGCAUUUUUAUGGGGCGUUUGACGUUGGCUUUAAAGCCUAUGCGUGUAUCUACUACUACCCCUUUUGUUUUCUACGGGAUGGGGCCAUGUGAGAUACUAGUUUUCUACCUGCU